AUGGUAUCAGACCCCCUGGAAUAUAUCGGCCAAGAACAGUUUGGAAUCAACAUACACUGGAGCUAUUAUAUGCGACUCAGCUAUAUGUCGUACCUGCGGAUCUUUUCCAGGCCGGUUUUUGAGAGGCCAUAUGAUCGGUACCCCUCUGACACGUGGCUGUGCCCAACACCGGGAUUGGCCUUUCCCAUUGUUGCACUUAUAACGGUGCUUUUUAGUAUUCUGCUCAUCGGAGGGUGGAAUUUCCAGUUUCCUACGCAAACGGAAAAAAUCAUGUGGCGGUGUACUACGCAAUCGAGGUGA